AUGUUGGAUGAAAGAGUUUGGAUCACUAAUGUUCAUAAUGAUAUUCCUUAUGCAUUGUCUAACUAUCUAACUUAUGAUCAACUCUCAUCUAAAUAUAAAGCUUUUGUGACCUCUAAGCCAAGUGUUACUGAACCUGCUACAUAUGUUGAAGCUAAUAAAGAUCCAAGAUGGAUUGAGGCUAUGCAGGCUGAGGUAGAUGCUCUUCAGCAAAACAAUACUUGGCAGAUAGUUGACUUACCAAAAGGCAAAGUUCCAAUUGGUUGCAAAUGGAUCUUCAAGAUCAAAUAUAAGGACAGUGGUGAAAUUCAGAGAUUUAAAGCAAGUUUGACGACAAAAGGAUAUAGUCAACAAGAGAGAAUUGACUACCAAGAGACAUUCAGCCCAGUCAUCAAAAUGGUAACAGUUAGAACAGUUUUGGCAAUAGUAGCUGCAAAGAAAUAG